CCACCUAGUGGGGCUCAGUAUAACCAAAUCCCACACUAUUCCGAAAAGUUGUUGAUUACGAGACCACGAACUAAAAAUGCCAGAUACCGAGCAAUUCAAUGCUGAUGAGCUGGAGGCUCCUGCAUGGCUGAAUGCCCAGUUCAUUACUGACGUUCUGAGAACCUACGAAAAGUGUCCGGAUCUGCAGGUUACCGAUCUUAAAAUCACUCCGGCGAGUGCCCAGGGAGAUCACUACGCAAGCGUAAUGUUCCGUACUACUGCUGAGUAUACCACUUCGAUGGGAAAGUUCUGUAAGCCUCUAAUCAUUAAGACGAUGCCGGAACAAGAAGGACACAAGAAGGAUAUGCUCAGCGACUCACAUUUCUUCUCCACCGAGAUUAAAGCCUACACUACGGCUCUGCCCGAGUUUGAGAGAAUUCUCCGUGAGGCAGGGGACGGUACAAAGCUAUUUGUGCCCUGCGUCUACCACAGUCUGGAGCCGCGGCAGGUGAUAAUAUUCGAGGACCUGGUUCCGCAGGGGUACACUGUCAUUCGCAAUAGUCCUCCCUCUCUGGGAGAUUUGAAAUUAGCUUUUGACAAGUUGGCCAAAUGGCAUGCAGCCAGCAUGAAAGUCAUCAAUGAGCAACCGAACUUCCUGAAGGAGUUCAAGUAUGGCAUGUAUGAAAUGCCCACUGUCGAUACUGAUCCUUUUAUUACAAGUGGCAUGAGUAGCUUUAUUGAAAUGCUGGACAAAGUGAAGGAGCUUAGGAAGUAUAAGCCGCAUUUCGAAAAGAUAAAAGAUAAUUACCUACAACGCCUGGAAAUUGAGAUGAAAGAAUAUCACAAAUAUCGGCGAAACGAUCGGUACUACGUCCUGUGUCACGGUGACUUCCAUCUUCGCAAUAUGAUGUUUAGACACAAUAAGGAGUUGGGAGCCUAUGAUGACGUGAUGCUAGUGGACUUCCAAUUCAGCAAUCUGUGCCCCAUUACAGUGGACUUGACAUACUCCAUCUAUAUGCUGAUGGAGCCGGAACAGCGCUGGGAAAUGGGAGAGGACCUGAUCAAUGAAUAUUUUUCGGUUCUGGUAGCCACCCUCAGGAAAAUUGGAUACAAGGGGGAUAUGCCUACCCAAAGUAAACUGUGGGAGCAAAUACAGAAUAACAAGUAUUAUGAUUUCUUUCUGAUAAGCACAUUGCUUCCUGUGAUGAUCGCCGUAAAAUCAAACGAAUUUAUGUUACAUGAAGUACUCCAAGACUCUAAGGUCCGGCAGAAGUCCUACUUCCUGGAGGCCUAUAUAAAAGAUGUUUCUAAACUUUUGCCAAAAUUUGAAAAACUUGGAUACUUUAAUGAUUUAUGAUUUAAUAAACAAAACAAGGUUGGAUUUUUGUCUUAAUCUUAA